UUGAGAGCAUGAUGUCAGCUGAGUUCAGAAAGUAAACAGUGGAGCAGUCUGCAGCAUGCUGUCUGCCGGCCGGGGAGUUUGCCUGGGGAGACCCCAGCGCGGGGGCACCCACACCAUCCCGUGGACCGGCACCCGUGGGUACAGGGGUCGGGGGCUGCCGUCCUUCGUCUCCAUCUUCACCUUUGUCCUCCUCCUCAUCCUCCCGCUCCAGGGCUCAGCCUGGCCUCACGACUACAGGUACGGUUUCUCCGACCACUGCCCUGGACCGGAGUGGAGCGUGAUGUGCCGCAACUGCUGCGAGUAUGACGUCAUCCGGUGUAAAUGUCCGCUGCAGGGCACCCGCGUGGGCUACGCCGUGCCGUGCUGCCGUAACGCCAUCAACGAGUGUGACCCCUGCAUCAUCCACCCAGGGUGCAGUAUCUUUGAGAACUGUAAGCGGUGCAACAACGGGACCUGGGGUCCCCGCGACGACUUCUUCAUCAGAGGGAAAUUCUGCGCCGAGUGCCGCCCUGGCUGGUCUGGGGGGGACUGCCUGCAGUGCGGGGGAGUGGUACGUAAACGACAAGGACAUCUGGUUCUGGAGAGCUACCCCAACAAUGCCCGCUGUGAGUGGACCGUGCAGGUGGACCGAGCCUUCACCAUCGACUUCAGGUUCAUGAUGUUGAGUCUAGAGUUUGACCACUCUUGUCGCUAUGACUACGUGGAGAUCCGAGACGGCGACAGCAUCAACUCGCAGGUCAUCGGUCGGUUCUGUGGGAACACCCGACCCGGGCUGAUCCAGAGCUCGGGGAACACGCUGCACGUCCUCUUCGUCUCCGACGGCUACAAGAACUUUGAUGGCUUCUUCGCCACGUUCCAGGAGAGUUCUGCUUGCAGCUCCUCUCCGUGUCUGCAUGAUGGGACUUGCGUACUGGACACCUCCUACUCCUUCUACUGUGCCUGUCUGUCUGGCUACACGGGACGGAGGUGUGAAAACGUGGUGGGGUGUCGCCGGCCCCCCAUCCCCGCCCACGGCUCCACCCAGGGGGUGUUCUACCACUCAGGGGCCCGCGUCACCUUCCACUGCGACCUGGGCUUCCAGCUGCGGGGCCCCCGCUCGGCCGUCUGUCUGCUGGACGGCACCUGGAGCGCCUCCGACUCCCAGUGUGUACCAGUGGAGCAGUCCUGUUCCCUCCCGCCCAAGCCGGCCCACGGGGACCACUUCCUGGUGUACGGGCCCAACGACGUGCUGAUCGCCCUGCAGUACCUCUGCUACCGGCCUUACAAGCUGACUGGCGGCUCCCAGCGGACCUGUCUGCCCAACAACACCUGGAGCGGAACCCCGGCCCUCUGUAGCAAAGUGAACAACACACUGGAGGAACCAGGAAGACACAUGGAGACCAAUGUAGCCGUCAAAGUUACUGAAGGCCAGGCUAACACAACGGAGGCUACGAAGACAGAGGCUCAUACAACUGAGGCCAAUGCACCCGCGGCUAACACGACGGAAGCUACAACGACGGAAGCUAAUACAAAUGAGGUUAAUACUACAGAGGUUAGCACCACCGAGGCUUAUACCACAGAGGUGAACGCAACGGAGUUGAACAAAGCUGAGGUUAAUACGACAGAGGUUACAACUACAGAAGUUAACACAAGAGAGGUUAAUACUACGGAGGCUGUCAACGGGCAUGAAGUCGAUGCAGAGCACCGAAACACGACGACGGGAGGCCAUGGAGAGCCGUCCGUCAUCAACACUCUGGAGGUCCCUGACACAGAGGAGAGGAGAACGUUUUCACCAGACCCCCGCGGACGCGGUGACGCCCUGGAGGGCGACUGGACAGACAUCUUAAACAGCCUGGACACGGUGGAAACCAGAGACAAUGACCCAGCGGCGGUCGGAGAGAACGACAGACGCUCGACGGAAACCACGGCCGGGAACGACGUGAUUGACGACACGAUGCGCGGGACAGCGGAGGUGACGGAGGUAGUGGUGGUCAGAGAUAAGGGCCGGGAGGAGGAGGAGGGUAGGAGGAAGGAGCAGGUGGAGGAGGACAGCAGCCCAGACAAGGUCAGCCCCAAUGACAGCGAGAGGAAGAUAGCCCUGUCUGAGCGGGACAACGUCCUGGACGUAGCGUUGGAGGUCGCCCCGGAGGUUGUGCCGACAGCCAACCGGACGUGGACCGCCGACGGCAACGAGAUCGUGACAGUGAACAAAACAUGGGUUCCCCCAGAGCCGGAGAUGGAGACCGUACCAAGCAGGAGCAACACCUCCCGUUUCACUCCGUACAGAGCGGGGGACGGCGAAGGAGAGGAGACCCCUGGGAAAGCCACGUCGCACGGUGCGAAAGAGAGCCGAAACGAAAAGACAGACGAAGACACAAAAGCAGGGAAGGAUGCUGCGGCUGAGGAACUGGAGAAGGAGGUUAAAGAACAAGAGAGGCAGCAGAAGGAGAAGAAGAGGAAGGAGGAGAAGGAGAAGAAGAAGGAGGAGGAGAAGGAGAAGGAGAAAGAUCUCAACGCCAGCAUUGACGGGGGGAUGUGCCGGGCUCCGCCCCGCCCACACCACGGCUCCCUCCGGCCCGUGCCAGGGCUGGUUCCAGCGACGGUGGAAUACUCCUGUAACCAUUCGUACGCACUCAGCGGUGAGGCCCGCCGAGCCUGCCAGCCCAACGGCACCUGGAGCGGCACGCAGCCGCUCUGCGUCCGAGCCUGCAGAGAACCAAAGGUGUCAGAGCUGGUCAGACAGAAAGUGCUGCCGCUGCAGAUUCCAUCCAGGAAGACCCCCAUCCACAAGCUCUACUCCAUGGGGCUGGGUCACCUGCUGCAGGCCGACGAGCCCCGGGGGGCUGUCCAGGCCCUGCCCCAGGGCUUCCACCACCUGUACGCUCAGAUAGAGUACCAGUGUGCCUCUCCCUACUACCACCACGCCGGCAGUGCACGCCGCACCUGCCUCAAGACCGGCAAGUGGAGCGGGCGUCAUGUCUCCUGCUCGCCAGUGUGUGGGAAGCAUUCAACCUUUGACCCCCAGAGGCCAGCAGAAGCCCACUGGCCUUGGCUGGCGGCCAUCUAUCGGCGCUCCACCAAGAAAGCCAACGCGUCCAAGGCGGCCUCGUUGAAGCCCCUGAAGAGCGGCGCCGGGUCGGUUCCGGGGGGCCAGGACGGGGGGUCCGACUGGCAGCUGGUGUGCAGUGGGGCCCUUGUGAACCAGCGCAGCGUGGUGGUGGCGGCCCACUGCGUGACCGAGCUGGGGAAGGCGUACCCCCUGGGGACCGCCAAGAUGAAAGUGGUGGUUGGCAAGCACUACCGCAACGACCUCAGGACCUCCAAGGGCCUGCAACACCUCAGGUGGGUUCCCCCAGAGCCGGAGAUGGAGACCGUACCAAGCAGGAGCAACACCUCCCGUUUCACUCCGUACAGAGCGGGGGACGGCGAAGGAGAGGAGACCCCUGGGAAAGCCACGUCGCACGGUGCGAAAGAGAGCCGAGACGAAAAGACAGACGAAGACACAAAAGCAGGGAAGGAUGCUGCGGCUGAGGAACUGGAGAAGGAGGUUAAAGAACAAGAGAGGCAGCAGAAGGAGAAGAAGAGGAAGGAGGAGAAGGAGAAGAAGAAGGAGGAGGAGAAGGAGAAGGAGAAGGAGAAAGAUCUCAACGCCAGCAUUGACGGGGGGAUGUGCCGGGCUCCGCCCCGCCCACACCACGGCUCCCUCCGGCCCGUGCCAGGGCUGGUUCCAGCGACGGUGGAAUACUCCUGUAACCAUUCGUACGCACUCAGCGGUGAGGCCCGCCGAGCCUGCCAGCCCAACGGCACCUGGAGCGGCACGCAGCCGCUCUGCGUCCGAGCCUGCAGAGAACCAAAGGUGUCAGAGCUGGUCAGACAGAAAGUGCUGCCGCUGCAGAUUCCAUCCAGGAAGACCCCCAUCCACAAGCUCUACUCCAUGGGGCUGGGUCACCUGCUGCAGGCCGACGAGCCCCGGGGGGCUGUCCAGGCCCUGCCCCACGGCUUCCACCACCUGUACGCUCAGAUAGAGUACCAGUGUGCCUCUCCCUACUACCACCACGCCGGCAGUGCACGCCGCACCUGCCUCAAGACCGGCAAGUGGAGCGGGCGUCAUGUCUCCUGCUCGCCAGUGUGUGGGAAGCAUUCGACCUUUGACCCCCAGAGGCCAGCAGAAGCCCACUGGCCUUGGCUGGCGGCCAUCUAUCGGCGCUCCACCAAGAAAGCCAACGCGUCCAAGGCGGCCUCGUUGAAGCCCCUGAAGAGCGGCGCCGGGUCGGUUCCGGAGGGCCAGGACGGGGGGUCCGACUGGCAGCUGGUGUGCAGUGGGGCCCUUGUGAACCAGCGCAGCGUGGUGGUGGCGGCCCACUGCGUGACCGAGCUGGGGAAGGCGUACCCCCUGGGGACCGCCAAGAUGAAAGUGGUGGUUGGCAAGCACUACCGCAACGACCUCAGGACCUCCAAGGGCCUGCAACACCUCAGGGUGGCCUCAGUCGCCGUGCACCCCAACUACGACCCCCUGAUCCUGGACUCUGACCUGGCCGUGCUCCGGCUGCUGGACAAGGCCCGGAUCGGGGAGCAGACCCUGCCUCUGUGCCUCCCGGACGCCCUUGUACCCCCCGUGUCGGGGGUCCCCCGGGAGGGCCUGGUCACGGGCUGGUCCCCUCUGCCCGACCCGUCCAUGGGGGUGGAGGAGCGGGCCCGGGUGGGGCUGGUGCGCCUGGCCGACGUGGUGCCCUGCGAGCAGCAGUACGCCCGCAACGGCGCCCCCGUCAGCGUCUCGGACAACAUGCUGUGCGCCAGCCACAAGCCCGACUACGGCGCGUCCAACAUCUGCCCCUCCGACACCGGCGGGAUCCUGGUCCUGCCCGGGGCCCCCACCUCCGGGGACCCAGCGGAGGGCCAGGCCCCGUGGCGGCUGAUGGGCCUGGUGAGCUUCGGGUACGAGCAGGGGGAGUGUGACCCGGCACUCUACACUGUGUACACGCACGUGGCCCACUUCAAGGACUGGAUCGAGGGCCUCAUGAGAUAAACCUAUCGCCCUCCUGGCAGGCUCCCCUCCUCCUCCCUUCUUCUCUAAAACGCUGGGCCUGUGCUCACCCCUGCAAACUCUCACCGUCUCCUUAGUGUCUCUUUCUCACUGUCUCUCUCUCACUGUGGCUUCACUGCCUCUUUCUCACUGUUUCUCUCAUACUGUCUCUUCACUGUCUCUCUCACUGGCUCCUCAGAGUCUCUCUCUCAGCGUCUCUCCACUUUCUCUCUCACACUGCUUGAAACGAGGAGGCGGUGUCUGCAUUAGUUCCAUCUGGAGCCGUGAUACUUCAACCGUCACUUGGACAGGCACCAAACGUUAGCGGAAGAAAGACUUGAGAAUCUGUCGAUCGGCUGCUGCUGGUCGACAAUGUACUGGCUGUUAUGUAUAUAGGAUGCACUGUAUUAUUCUUAACUCAUAGGAUUCAGAGAUGUACAUAUUGUAUUAAAGGAUAAGUCUUUGUGUUUAAUUAAAGGUGAUGCCGUUGUAAAGACUGUAACGAAUCUGCCAUUAAUUAAGAUAAGGUUACGUCGAUAACCUUAGGUAAUUUGGUGGUCAAACAUUUUCAUUAAAUGUAGGAUGGGGUCCGCUUGUGAGGCUUAUAAAUAGUACGCUAUUUACAUUACAUAUUAGUCACAAAACCCUGGCACGCCACCCUCAAUUAGCAUGAGCUAAAAUGACAUGUUAUCCAUGACAGAGAAAUGCAAUUACAAUACCCAUUAAAAGAAAAUCCCUCAGCAAAUGCAUUAUUUAAGAAUGAAUUGCUCUUCUGUGCGCAAAUUAAAUUC